AGGUGUCCCUGUCCUACCAGCCCGUGGCACAGAGGAUGACCGUGGUGGUGCUCAAAGCCCGGCACUUGCCCCGCAUGGACAUCAGCGGCCUCUCAGGUAACCCGUACGUGAAGGUGAACAUUUACUACGGCCGCAAGCGCAUCGCCAAGAAGAAGACCCACGUCAAGAAGUGCACUCUGAACCCGGUGUUUAACGARUCCUUCACCUACGAGAUCCCGGUGGAUUUGCUGUCCCAGCUGAGCGUGGAGUUCCUGGUGAUCGCCUUCGACCGCAGCACCAAGAACCAGGCGCUGGGGCGGCUGCUGCUGGGGCCGCAGGGCCGCGGGGCCGAGCUCUGGGGGCGCCUGGCACAGGGGGGCAAAACCGGGCCCGAGUGGUACGGGCUCAGUGAGUACUGACAGAGGGAAAUAGUGGAACCCUGCCAGGACCUGGGGUUGAUAGCAAUUGGAAA